CAGCUGAGCGGCUCAGCUCGGCAGUCGCUCCGCGCUCGGCAGCGAGUCACAUAUAUCUUCGUUCUCGCAUAUAGUGACUCUCGACACGUAAACAAUCGCGUUUGCGAGUGUCUUCCUUAUUCGUCUCGCUGUGUGUCGUGUCAUCGAACGUACGCGUGUAAAUUACUCAUAUCGUCGAAUUUAUCAGUGAUCGACAAAAAAGGCCGUAAAGCGCGUAAAAUCGGUUGUAAAAUUGCGAAACGAUCGCGCAAACAAACUCAAAGGGUACAAUCGUUGUUUGAACUCUCUAUCGACGCUGUGGAUUUAUUCUGCAGAUGUAAAGUGCGUAUGCGCGCGCAUCGGCCCGCGUUUCUUCGAAUUUCCACAUAUAAUACUUGUACACAGUUCCUGCAGUUUUGAAAAAUCGCGCUGCUGCAUAAAGACACUUGCAUAACGGUUCUCUCUCUCUCUCUCUCUCAUGACACAUAGUCACAGACAACACGAGAGCUUUGUCCGCAAGAGACAUACUGGCGAUAUAUUCAGACAAACAACGAGAUUCUCCACUUCCAUCGGUAUUGACCAGAUAAAAUUCAACCGAUCGAUCGAAAAAUCGGUUCCUGCCGAUCUGAAUUAAAAAUAAAAGGAUCGAAAAAAGACCGAUUUGGCCUGGGUAUAUAUGCGAUGCUGAUGACUGAGGCUUAUCUGACGCCGGUAGUAUCGCUGCGGAGCGAUCGGCUCCCCAGCGACGACUGUUGCCCGAGUUCAAGUGUCACGAGGAGCGACGAGAGGUGAGGAGGAAAUGGACGGCUCGCAGAGGAGAAAGCCGCCGAAUCCCAGCCCCAAGCUCAAGGCGAACUUUGUCAGUAGAUUGUCCUUUUGGUGGCUCGGCGAUUUAUUUUGGGACAGCAAGCACCGGAAUCUCCAGGCUAACGACCUCUACGAUGUUUUGCCGGAAAACGUCAGCGAACCGUUGGGUGAUCAAUUGGAAAAAUCGUGGGAAAAAGAGCUGAGAGACGCCGGAGAUAAGAAGCAGAAGCCAAGCCUGUGGAGGGCCGUCAUAAGGACGUUCGGCUGGCCGUUUGUCAAAUAUGGAUUCAGCAUGUUUCUUCUGAACGUCGUUAAAAUACUCCAACCGCUGAUUCUGGCGAUGCUGGUCUGGUACUUCGACCCACAGUCGACGAUGAGCACAGAAGAGGCCUACAUGUACGCAACGGGUCUGGUACUCGCGACGAUGAUGAACACGGUUAUCGUUCGUCAGGCGCACCUCGGACUUCAGGAGAUCGGAAUGCGAGUGAGGGUCGGCUGUUCUUCUCUGAUUUACAGAAAAGUACUGAAGCUAUCCAGUGCGUCAGCCGGUCAAGCAGCGGGUGGUCUGAUCAUCAACCUUCUCUCGAACGACCUGACCAAGUUCGAGCUUUUCUGUCUGCAUCUGCACUACGUCUGGGUCAUGCCGUUCGUGGUCAGCCUCAUGACGUAUCUUCUUUACCGACAACUCGGCAUCGCCGCUUUUACCGGCAUCGCUUUGAUGACUGUGCAGAUACUACCGAUGCAAGUGUGCUGGUACAAGCUGACGAAGAAGCUCCGAGCCAAAGGCGCCGUUCGCACGGACAAGCGAGUCCAGCUUCUCGGAGAGAUCUUGAACGGCAUCCAAGUGAUAAAGAUGUACGCCUGGGAGAAGUCCUUCGAGCAGCUGGUCUACCUCGCCAGGAAAAUCGAGAUCGACGCCCUACUGAAGCGGUUCUACGUUCGAAGUGUUCGAGUCGCCUCGACUGUGUUCACCUACCGAUCAGCUGUGUUCUUCACGAUUCUGGUUUACGUCCUUGAAGGACACGUCAUAGUGGCCGACCGGAUAUUUUCUAUGAUCCACUACUUUGCUCUGGUCAGGACCAUCAUGGCGUCGUUCUUCCCGGAAGCUGUGUCACUGGCUGCCGAAGUCAACGUGUCUAUGAAGCGGAUAGAGAACUUUUUGCUGCUGGAAGAAGUAGAUCCCGAAGUCAAGAGACUAGCCGUCAGCGACGACGGUCUGGUCGUCUCUAUGAAGGACGUCAGCGCGUCCUGGGAGAAAGAGGCUAAAGCCGAUAAUCUCUGCGAUAUUAAUGUAUCUGUACCGUUGAACAAGCUGUGGGCUAUCGUAGGACCCGUUGGUUCCGGAAAGAGCACCUUUUUGAAACUGAUCCUGAACGAGCUUCAGCCACGCUCGGGUCAGGUUCUCGUUCGCGGCAACGUGUCUUACGCCAGUCAGGAGCCCUGGCUGUUCAGUGGUUCCGUCCGCGACAACAUCGUUUUUGGAGACGUCUACGACGUUGAGAAAUACUAUCGAGUCACACAAGCUUGCGCCUUGUUGAAGGAUUUUGAACAGUUGCCCUAUGGAGACAGAACACUCGUAGGCGAGAGAGGAAUGGCCCUCAGUGGAGGGCAGUGCGCCAGAGUUAGUUUGGCGAGGGCAGUUUACAGAGAUGCCGACAUUUACUUAUUCGACGAUCCCCUUUCUGCGGUGGAUAACCGCGUUGGUAGGAGUUUAUUCGAAGACUGCAUCAACGGUCUACUCAAGGGCAAAACCCGCAUUUUAGUUACGCAUCAAGUUCAGUAUUUAAAGCAAGUGGAUCAUAUUGUUUUAUUGAACAACGGACGAUUGGAAUUUCAAGGAACAUUCCAGGACUUUUACAACAACGAACAGUACCUCAAAUACUUGCCUUCGAAGGAAGAGGUGGAGAAACUGCCGUUGGAAGAAAGUGGCCUUAAGAAGAUAGAAAAGGUAGAGCCGGUUUCGAAAUCCGAUAAAGAAGACGAUAGGGAACCGAAGGAGACCGCAGAGCUUUUGGCCAAGGGACGAAUCCCGAAAUCUCUGUACCUGAAAUACUUCAAAUCCGGGGCCUCGUACUUCGUAUUUGCACUUCUAAUGAUGUGCUUUUUAUUGACGCAGUUGGCCAUCAGUGGGUUUGACUAUUGGAUAGCUUACUGGACCAAACAAGAAGAGAAGCGAAUGAGGUUGUCUCUGAAUAUGACGACAGCUUUGGAUCCAGUCAAUACGGACGACUUUAUAAGUGAAAUCACGGCUGUGUCCGUCUACGGAGGUUUGCUAGUCGCGAUCGUAGUGUUGUCAAUUGUCAGAAAUCUUUUGUUUUACAAGACUGUUUUAAACUCCAGUAAAAAUAUCCACAACAGAAUGUUCUCUCGGCUGGUCAGAGCACCGUUAAAAUUUUUCAACGUCAAUUCUACUGGACGGAUAAUAAACCGAUUUUCAAAGGAUACCGGCACUGUGGACGAUACACUGCCAACGUCGUUGCUGGAUGUCAGCGAAAGAAUUCUGAUGACGACCGGGAUAGUCAUCCAAAUACUCGUUGUUAAAUGGUGGUCGAUAUUUCCUAUGCUGGUGAUCGGCUAUCUCUCGGCAAGAGGCAGCGACGUUUAUCUGUCGACGAUGCAGAACAUCAAGCGCUUGGAAGGAAGUGCCAAGAGUCCAGUCUUUUCUAUGGUGAACACUUCGAUGCUAGGUCUUCUAACCAUUCGCUCCUGUCGUGCUCAGAAGAUAGUGAGUCGCGAGUUCGACGCUCGUCAGGACGAUCACACGGCGGCCCACAACCUGGUCUUGGUAGCAGCCGGAGCCUUCGGUUUCUGGAUGGACAUGAUAACCAUCAGCUUCCUGACUUUCGUUGUGUACAGCUUCAUCUUUCUCGAUGACAGUAAAACGUUCGCUGGCGAUGUCGGCCUCGUCGUCAUUCACAUUCUCAAUGUAUGUGGUAUGCUGCAGUACAUGAUCAAACAGGUCACCGAAGUGAUCACUCAGUUCACCAGUGUUGAGAGGAUGGCACAGUUCACCAAGUUGGAGCAGGAGGAGCCUUCCAAGACUAAACCCGCAUCCAUACCUGCGAUAACCUGGCCCGAACACGGAGAGAUCAGGUUUGAGAAGGUGUACCUCAGAUAUUGCGAAGAGGACGAGCCCGUUUUGAAGAAUCUCAAUUUGACCAUCGAUCCCAAUAGCAAGGUUGGCAUCGUAGGUCGUACCGGAGCUGGAAAAUCAUCCCUGAUCUCAGCCCUGUUCCGGAUGGCAAAAGUCGACGGCUCAUUGCUGAUUGAUAAAUUGGACACAAAGGACAUCAGUCUUUUCGACCUGCGAAGCAAGAUUUCGAUAAUACCUCAGGAGCCCACGUUGUUCACAGCUUCGCUGCGCGAUAACCUGGACCCGUUCCAUCAGUACGACGACGCCUCGUUGUGGUCAGCUCUGGAAGAGGUCGAGCUCAACAAGAUGUUCGACUCACUCGACCACCUGAUCGAACGAGGAGGAAACAAUUUGAGCGCUGGUCAGCGUCAGCUGUUAUGCCUGGCCAGAGCUAUCGCGAGGAAGAACAAGAUUCUGGUACUUGACGAAGCCACUGCCAACGUCGAUCCUGCUACCGACGAAUUCAUCCAGAGGACUAUAAGGCUGAAAUUCAAGGAUUGUACGGUGCUAACGAUAGCUCACAGAUUAAAUACUAUUAUGGACAGUGACAAGGUGCUCGUGAUGGAGGACGGUGAGGUCGUCGAAUUUGAUCAACCUCACGCAUUGCUGCAGAAGAACGACGGUUACUUCUCUAAAAUGGUGCAGCAGUCUGGAAACGCGAUGUCUCAGCACCUGAAGAGAACAGCUGAGAGGAUAUUCAACGAGAAUGUGAAAAACAGUUCAAAGAAAUCAGUUCCUAAUGGCGACGUCAACAAGAUUUCGAGAUCGCAGACGUGACGUUUUCAUCGAUUUCGUAGCCUAACACAAUGAAAGUUUUCAACGAGUCAGCCAGAUCGGUAUUUUAAGAAUGUGUUCUGAUGUUGUCGAGUGUGUACGGCAGACGCACAAGUGAUUUCUGAGCAUAUGUAUUUGUAUAUAAUUAUAUCGGUAACGUGUAAGAUAGUCCAUACUUUACAAGUGUCUUACAAGAACAAUAAGUUCGAUGUAUAAGUUAAACGUGUAAGCUAUUUUUGUAUAAUUUAUAAUACUAAUACAACGAUAGCUAUAUAGAGCCUAAA